UAGAAAGCCAUCUCUUCCUCCUUGCUAUCUUCCCACCACAUAAAUAUAAAAGCAUGGUUCUUUCGGUUUCUCUCUCCUCCAUAUUAAAAAAAGCUAAGACCUUGAUUAUUGCUUUAUCAAUACCAAAUAUGUCAAUUCAAAAGGGCUUUUGAGCACUAUAUAUAUAUGUUCCAAUACAGACUAUAGGAGAUUGUGAAAGUGAUUUAUGUUAAAAUCUUUCUUUCCUCCAAAAAAGUGAAGGUUGAGAUACACAUAUAUAUACACACAUAUAGAGAGAGAGAGUGAGGAGAGAGAGAAGAGAGAUUUUUCUAGACAACUCUCUCUUUUAAAUUAAACCCUUUCUCUUCAUCUCUCCUUCCAAUUGAUACCUCACUUCCAACUCCCAACUCUCCUUUUCAAAGGAUUCACAAGAGAAAUGGAAGUGGAAUCACAAGAACACUCCAACAACAUAUGGGAAGGCUAUGUGGAUUGGAAGAAGAAACCUGCAAUCAAAGGCAAACAUGGUGGCAUGCUUGCUGCCUCCUUUGUGUUAGUUGUGGAGGUGAUGGAAAACCUAGCAUAUCUGGCAAAUGCAAGCAACUUGGUGUUGUACUUGACACAAUUCAUGCACUUUUCUCCUUCAAAAGCAGCAAAUCAUGUCACAGAUUUCAUGGGGACUGCUUUUCUUCUUGCCCUUCUUGGUGGCUUCUUAUCUGAUGCUUUCUUCACCACCUAUCAAAUCUACCUUAUGAGUGCACUUGUUGAGUUCCUGGGUCUGGUGAUACUAACCAUACAAGCUCGUUCAUCCUCGUUAAAGCCACCAAAGUGUAGCCCUCAAGGAGCCACGGUCUCAUGUGAACAAGUGCACGGAGCGAAAGCUGCCGUGCUCUUUUUGGGCCUUUACUUGGUCGCAUUAGGCGUAGGUGGUAUCAAAGGGUCCUUACCCUCACAUGGUGCGGAACAGUUUGACGAAAAUACGGCUAAGGGAAGAAAACAACGCUCAACGUUCUUUAACUACUUUGUGUUUUGUCUUGCCUUUGGGGCUCUCAUUGCGGUUACAUUCGUGAUUUGGAUCGAAGACAACAAAGGAUGGGAAUGGGGGUUCGGAAUUUCUACCUUGACGAUUUUGUUGUCGAUUCCGGUGUUCUUGGCAGGUUCCAGAUUUUAUAGGAACAAGAUCCCAUCUGGUAGCCCCCUCACCACAAUCUUUAAGGUUUUGAUUGGGGCAUUGUUGAAUAAUUACAUCGCUAGAAGUCCAAGCAAUGCCAUCGUGAGCAUGUCAUUGUCCCCAAACGAUACCGUGCCGCGACAACAAACCGUCACAAAAGAACCCGAAGAAAUCGAAACCCCCUCUACAAGUCUCAAAUUCUUAAACCAAGCUGCGGUAAACAAACCCGCCUACGAUUUCCUACGCUGCUCGGUCCAACAAGUCGAAGACGUCAAGAUCGUUUUACUAGUACUCCCGAUCUUCGCUUGCACGAUCAUGCUCAACUGUUGUUUAGCUCAACUUUCGACAUUCUCCGUACAUCAAGCCUCGACCAUGGACACAAAAAUCGGGUCGCUAAAAGUCCCCGCUGCGUCGCUACCCGUUUUCCCGGUUGUUUUCAUCAUGCUCAUCGCUCCGAUUUACGAUCACAUCAUAAUCCCAUUUGCGCGUAAAGCGACGAAAUCCGAAAUGGGCGUUUCACAUUUACAACGAAUAGGAAUCGGUCUCCUUUUAUCGAUAAUGGCUAUGGCAGUCGCAGCUCUGGUCGAGAUCAAAAGAAAAAGGAUUGCGACCAGAGCUGGGCUCGACCAACACGAGCCAUUACCGAUAACUUUUCUUUGGAUCGCGUUCCAAUACUUGUUUCUUGGGUCCGCGGAUCUAUUCACAUUGGCGGGAUUAAUGGAGUUCUUCUUUAGUGAAGCCCCGGCGAAUAUGAAGUCUUUAGCGACAUCGCUAUCGUUCGCUUCGUUGGCAAUGGGGUACUAUUUGAGUACGGUGAUCGUGUCGGUUGUGAACAGUGCCACAGGUGGCUCGGGCCACCCUGGAUGGUUGUCCGGAGGGAACUUGAACCAUUAUCAUUUGGAAAGGUUUUACUGGUUGAUGUGCAUUUUGAGUGCACUCAAUUUCCUACAUUAUUUAUUUUGGGCUCACAGGUACAGGUACCAAUCUAGAGGGGCUAGAUCUUAAUUAUGUAGAAGUUGAAGGUGUAUCGAAGAAACUGUCACAACUCACAAGACAGGUUCAAAUAUGACUUACAUUUUCAGCAGGACUGGAUAUGUAAAUAUAUAUUAUUAAGUAUGCAAAGUUUUAUUUUUACCGAUAAAAGUAUUGAAACUAAUUUAGAGGUAAUUCGAUAUAUAUUUCUUUUUGUUUAUGUUGAUUUUGCUGAAAAAAACUUUUUAUGAUGAUCAUUGAUUUUUUUUUUUU